GCUCGGGUGGGCGCGUGGGCCGGGUGGCCGAGAUGCCCAAGGCCAAGGGCAAGAGCCGGCGGCAGAAGUUCGGCUACAGCGUGAACCGCAAGCGGCUGCACCACGCCGCCCGCCAGCGCGCCGCGCCCCGCGUCCAGUGCGCCCAGAUCCGCCAUGCCUGGGACAGGAGCAAGUCUGUGUCGCAGAACCUGGCCGAGAUGGGCCUGGCGGCCGACCCCAACAAGGCCGUGCCCAUCCAAAAGAGGGGGCCGUGGCUGACAGACAUGGAGGUUGACGGACAAGAGGGAGGGAAGCUGGUCGUGCGGAAGCCAUACGUGCUGAACGAGCUGGAGCAUGAGGCUAGCCUCCCGGAGAAGAAGUCGCAGACGCUUUCCAGGGACCUCAUCGACUAUGUGCAGCACAUGAUACGCAACCACGGCGAGAACUACAAGGCGAUGGCUCGGGAUGAGCAGAACUAUUACCAGGACACCCCCAAGCAGAUCAAGAGGAAGAUUACAGUCUACAAGCGAUUCUACCCUGAGGAAUUCCAGGCAUUUGUGGCAUCCCUGCAGCAGGACAAGAUGGACCAGCAGUGACAGCUCCUGUUCCUGCCCAGUCAGAGAGGAGCCAGUUGUGCUUUGAGAACCAGCGUGGCACCUCCCCUGGGCCUGUGUGUGGGCUUUCUGUGGCCAUCCACCAACUGCAGGUUUUCGGGAACCUAGGCUCUGAAUUUGAGGAAGCUACUGGAGGACAGGAAGAAUCCCCAUUCAGCAGGAACAAGUGUGCGCUAAAGCAAGUAGCUGGCCCAGUGCUGCAGGCCUUUGGGCUGUGGGGGCCCUGGUAGCUACCCAUGCAGAGAGGACAAUAGCUGUGCUCUUCAUGUUCCAAUAAAAGCAGCUUUUCCAAACCA